CAUUUGACAGUGACAUUAUUUUAUAAAUACUGGAAAAAAAAAUUUUUUCAAACUUUCAGAUACCUAUGAAUUCACCAGAAAAUAAUAUGAAAAAUUAUGUAGGAAUAGACAAAAAAUUAUAAUAAGAAUGGUCUGAUGGAAGCUACGAUAUUAACUGUAAUGGCUAAGGUGUAAACAAUUUGAAACUUUAUCAAAGUUGGAAUUUUCAAAUUGUUAUUCGAUAUGAAUUCAAAUUCCACGCCAGUUUCAGUUACUAGUGAUGAGGUAGAUAAUUUUAAACGGAGUUUGUCGCAAUUGCAAACUCCCAGUGCAUUAGAAAGAGUUGUUGAUUGGAUGGGAAUUAAUGAAAAGGAAACCUUAGCAUGUAGAGAUGAUAAGAAUUCAAACAAUUCAAGCACUUUCUUCAGAUGUGACUAUAAGGUAAACACUAUUGCUCCUGAAAUGAAAAAUGAAGAUGCAAAUAUUACAUCCGUCUUUAAUAGAAGUGUUCCAUUAUGUGAGUCGCCUAACUCCUUAGAUAGUAAAUCAACAUUCACACAAGAAAAAAAUGAACCUCAAGUAAUUGCUACAACUAGGAAUGAAUAUAUUACUGAUAAUCAGUUGAGGAGAAGAAAUGUGCAUGUCAUUGCUGCUUCAAGUGUUGAGAGGAAAAAAAAGGAACUCUGUUCAUAUUUGAAAUUGAUGACUCGUGAUGUUAAGAAAGAAAUAUUUCACUCUCAGUUUAGACGAUCGACAAGAGUGCAAAAUUUAGAAAGAAAAAAAAGAGUCUUGACAAAUCAUAAAUGCCAUGAUGUAGAAGUUUGCAGUGAAAAAUCAGCAAGAACAAUUAAGAGUAGAUUGAGCGAUGGUGUUGAAACUUUUGCCCUGCAGUCAUUCGAAGAUCUCAAUAUGAUAGUAGAUACAUCAAAAUACCCCUUACUGCAAGAGCAUAUUGAUGAAAAAAUAUUUAAUUUUGUUAUGCCACCAGAAACGGUUUUAAAGGAAUUCAAUGAUUUUAUACAUUGGAUUGAACCAUUCGUUAGCGAUCAAAAUUAUCAAAAUGGCACAUUCAACAUUAAAAAUAGUGAAAAUUUGGAUAAUAAAGACCUUACAGAAAUUAAUCACUGUCCUAAUAAAAAGUUACAAACACAGAAUUUUGAAUUGAAGAAAGUUCAUCAGAAAAAUGAAGAACUAAAUAAAUUUAAGAAACAAAUUGAAAAGAAAGAAAUUACAAUUGUUGAUACCUGUAAAAAUAAUGAAAAAAUAAAGAACAAUAAAAUAGAGCAAGAAUCUGAAUAUAAUACAAAAAAUAAUUCAAUUGAUCAGUCUUUAUCGAAGCAUAAUAGAGAAAAUAAAUGUAUUAUUUUACUACAUGAUGAAGCUACAGUUGAUGGGUUUGAGGAGGACUUUGAAAAAAAUAUUCCAAAUAUUGAAGAAGAAAUAAAUCAUCUUGAGGUUUGUGAAAAUAUCAAAAUAAGAAUUGAUUAUGAAAGCAAGCAUUCCAAGCAAAAACUGAAUCAUAUAAUUCCAUCCAUUGAUUGUAAUUCAAAGCCCAACAAUGUACAAAUGGGAAAUUUCAUGGGUUUUUCAAAGGAAGAUAUUGAAAAAAGUGAAGAAAUCUUAUCCGAGUUCAACUUUUGCAUUGACUGUAUUCAAUAUGUAUCUAAGAAAAAAGAUAAAAAGUGGAUAUCACAGAAGGAUUCAGUAGAACAGGGUAAUGAAUGUCUUUGUUUAAAAAAAGGAACAAAAUGUAAUUGUAGGCAUAUUAAAGCAGAAGUAGAGGAAAUUAAAUCGAAUAGUAGUACUACAUCUGACUCAUAUUCUAGUGUACAGUCUAAGAAUAGUUCGUCUAGUGAUUCUACCUCGAUAUCUGAGAAAACAAGUCUGAAAAAACAUCCAUCUCCAAAUUGUGAAAGAAUCAGUCCCAGUCAAAUUUUACCAUUACUAGUUGAAAUUGAGCCUUUUAGUGAAAAAACUGAGGUUCAGUCUUUACAUGAUCUUCUGAAGAGACAAGCUAAAAAAGUACCAAGUUCUGUUGUGUUGAAUUCUUUGCAUGAUUGGGAUUCGGAUAAUAGCAUGAAUGGAAAACAAAAAUAUAGUACAAGUAAAAAUAACUCUCAUUUCAUUUCAUUCAGUAAGGAAAAUGGUUUAAUUCAGAAUGCAGUAUAUGUGGAUUUUCACUUGAUACUUGUCCAAGAAUUUGCUGUUUCGAUGUGGAACCAAACUGCCCUUGGUAAUGUAUUAGGGGCCCAAAAUUUAUGGAUUUUCAACGGUGAUACACGGAAACUGAUUCUAAAUAAGGAAUGUGUACGAAAAAAAUCAUUAGAAAUGGCUGUAUCAAUGGAAAAUUGUGUUGCUUAUGUUGAGCUUUGGACCAAAGAACAUAAAUCAGACAUCCGUCAAGGACCAGUGGCUGAUAUUUUUGCAAUAGUUUAUUUUUGGAUCCAAAAAUUGAAUAAGAUGGAUAAAAAAGUUCAUCAGUUGGAAAAUAUCAAUGGAUUUUCUGAUGAUGUGCAAUAUGUAGUUUUGAAAUCUUCGUUGGAAAUAGUUGUGAGUUGGCAUUCAGUUAUUGAUGAUGUUAAAAUAACACAAGUUCACCUUUACAAAUUGGCUAAUGAUUUUCAAAAAAUAGUUAAUGUGAGGGCGAUGUCAAAAGUAGAGCAUUAUGUAUCAUCGUUACAUAAUAUUGAAGAUUGUGAAGAACUCUUAAUGGGGUGUGGAGAGCAUACAAUAACACUCUGGAAUAUAGAACAUGGAUAUAUUGUUGCUAGUAUAAAAUUGAACGAUAUAAAAUUAUCCCUUUCAACACUUUGGACAAAAUGUGAUAGAGGAAUUUUAUUCACAGUUCAGCAAUGUGUUGAUAAAGAACUAAGGCUGAUAGCUAUCAACGGCCGGAGUCAUUCAUGGAAAAAAUUGAAGAGUUAUAAGCCUCCUGAGGGUUUUGAAAGGAUUCAAAAUGUAUAUAUUGAGAAUGGUGUGUUGAUAUCUUUUUAUGAAGAAGGUAUACUUUGUUGGAAAGCUCAAACAGAGGAACAGAUUUUGGAAGAGACCCAUGAGACUGACAUGAAGUACUUCCCUUCUGGCAAAUAUGUCAUUAUGACAACUGAAAAAACUGUCUUUAUCAGACAUGCCCUUACACACCUUCUGACAGCAGAUUAGUAUAAUGUUCUAUAUUUCCUUAUUGUAAAUAGUUUCCUAUUGUUCGUUUGACUGUAUAUAACUACAAAAGAGUAUAAAGUUUUUAUAAAAAAUUAAAAUUUUUAUUAUGAUGAACCAAAAACUUACUUUAGAAUUUUUAUCGUAUUGUUGA